AUGCCACCACCCUCACCCAGCGACAACGACGCCCAAACCGCCGACGCCGCCGACGCCCUGGCCUCCGUCCUGCACAUCCUCGACCGCUUCCACCACCGCCACAGGAACCAGCAUCGCGUCGCAAAGUGGUGGGUGCAGUUCACCCUGCUGCGCCGCGCCCUGCGCCGCCUCGACGCCGCCAUCCUCGCCCACCAACGCCGUCUCCGCACCUCCUCCUCCUCCUCCUCCUCCUCCUCCGCGGCGGCGGCCGCCCGGCCCCCGCCUGUCCAAGAACAAGAACAAGAACACCGACAACGUGGGACCCAAGCCCCAGUCGACGAGCCCCUACCCGCCCUCCCCCACAACUGGAGGCCGCCGUCAUGCCCCCACGCCCGCCGGGUUGGUCUUUCCACUACAUUCCUUCCCCCCCUUACUUUCUCUUAA